AUGGACAAAAGCUGGAUGAACUUGACCAAUAGACUUCGAUCGCCUGCAUACGCCGAAGGCGUUAACACUUUCCUCAACCUGGCACGAAACCAUUCUCGAGGAAGUGAUCGCAUUCGAUGUCCAUGCCGUUCAUGUUGCAAUACUCUCUUCUUGCCUAUCUUUGAUGUGGAGACUCACUUGUACAUGAAAGGGAUCAAUCCAAAUUAUACCCAGUGGAUCUUUCAUGGGGAAGAUGAAACACGAAGUUUCAAUGACGACGAUGAUGACAGUGUUGCUGAUUAUGCCGAUGACUACAUUGAUGAUAUGGACCAUAUGUUAGAUGACAUUCGGGCAGGCCAAUUUGUUGAUGUUCCCCAAGGUUAUGAUACUCCACUAGCAACUGGUGGAUCUAUUCCAGAUCCCUCCCCAAGCCAAUCUUUUGAGCAGCUAUUAGAGGAUGCCCGACGUCCACUUUUUUCUGGCUGUACCAAAUUCUCAAAACUAUCAUUCAUUGUGAAGUUGUUACACAUUAAGACACUUGGUGGGUGGUCAAUAAAGUCGUUUGAUAUGCUACUUAAAUUGUUGCAGGCCGCCUUCCCUGAUGCUGAAUUGCCACAUUCAUAUGAGGAGUCAAGAUCAUUGGAGCGGGGUUUGGGUAUGAAUUAUAACAAAAUUCAUGCAUGUCCCAAUGACUGCAUUUUAUUCUGGAAGGAAAAUGCUAAUCUUAAUGAAUGCCCUAUCUGUAAGGCUUCAAGGUGGGUGCCUAAUACACACAGGGCUCGUCUUAUCCCUCAAAAAGUGUUGAGGCAUUUUCCUUUGAAGCCAAGAUUGCAACGUCUUUUCAUGACAGCAAAUAUAGCACGUGAUAUGAGAUGGCAUAAAAUGCAACGGCCAUCCGACGAGUCUAGUAUGAGACAUCCUGCAGACGCUGAGUCCUGGAAGAGAUUUGAUGACGACCAUAGUUGGUUCGCACAGGAUGCUCGCAAUGUUAGGCUUGGUCUAGCAAGUGACGGUUUCAAUCCCUUCAACAAUAUGGCAAAACCAUAUAGCAUUUGGCCUGUAAUCCUGGUCCCGUAUAACUUGCCGCCGUGGUUGUGCAUGAAGGACCAAUUCUUCAUUACAUCCCUCAUUAUUCCUGGGCCAAAAUCUGCGUCUAAUGACAUUGAUGUUUACUUGCAACCGUUGGUAGAUGAACUGCUUGAAUUUUGGGAACAUGGGGUACCUACGUAUGAUGCCUCCACGAAGGAAACGUUUAUGUUGCACGCUGCUUUAAUGUGGACAAUCAAUGACUUUCCAGCAUAUGGGAUUCUUUCUGGGUGGUCAACAAAAGGAAAAUUGGCUUGUCCAUCUUGUAAUGAGGGCACAGACUCCAAUUGGUUGAAACCACCAAGGGUUGUAGAAGGCUCUGAUAUUUUGGGUCAACUACUGAUGCUUGGGGAUGUGCAAUUUGGUAAAUCUCAUCGGAAGAGGAAACGCACUGUUGAAGAGCUGAACUGGACCAAACAUAGCAUUUUCUUCAAGCUACCGUAUUGGGUAACCCUGCGUCUUCGACAUAAUUUGGAUGUCAUGCAUAUUGAAAAGAAUAUUUUUGAUAACAUAUUGUGCACAUUAAUGAACAUUCCUGGUAAAACGAAAGAUAAUAUUAAUUCUCGACGUGACUUGGAGAUUUUGGGAUUCAGAAAAGAAUUGCAUUUGAAGUAUGACGGUGAACGUGUUACAAUGCCACAAGCAUUGUAUACAUUACACGGUGAUGAAAAGAAAAAAUUUUGUGAAUGGCUAGUCGAUGUGAAAUUUCCAGAUGGCUUCGCUUCGAACAUCGCGCAUUGUGUAUCUGUACGAGAUUGUAGAAUCUCUGGGUUGAAAAGUCAUGACUGUCAUGUUUUCAUGCAAAGACUACUUCCUAUUGCUGUUGGGGGGUUUUUUAGAAAUGAUAUUGCAUUGGCCGUGAUUGAACUGUGCAGUUUCUUCAAGGGGUUGUGUGCCCGAACCCUGGAUGUUAAUCAAAUAUCCCAGUUUGAAACUGAUAUUGCCACAAUUCUAUGCAAGUUGGAAAUGAUAUUUCCCCCAUCUUUUUUCGAUAUCAUGGUUCACUUAGCUAUCCACUUACCCCGCGAGGCCAUACUUGGGGACGUUGAGACGAAGUUUACUCGAGUGGACCGCAACAUUGAUGGUGAAUCGGAGGAUAUAGAUGGAAUCAAAAUUUUCAACCAAAAACUGAGGCCCAUUGGUACUGCUUCCAACAGGCAAUUAUCAGAUAAACUCCUUACGGAAGCAACAUGGUACGUCCUCAACAACUGCGCUGAGAUUGGACCCUACCUAGAGGAGCAUUAUGAGAAGUGUAAGGUGGACAGCCCAAAUUUUAUUGAUCGAACACAUAAAUCUGAAUUUCCAACGUGGUUGAAGAAACGUGUUCAGGACCAGCGUAUCAACAACCCACUUGAUGUGACCGAUGAUCUAUAUGCAUUAGCUUGCGGUCCUGAACGGUGGGUUGCAUCCUAUACUGCUUGCAUUAUAAAUGGCAAAAGGUUCCAUACGAAAGAACGUGAACUUCGACGGCGAACACAGAAUUCAGGGGUGUUGGUAACUGGGGACGAAAAUACUAAUAAUGUAGACUUCUACGGUGUUAUAAAUGAGAUCGUGGAGUUACACUACAUGGGUUGGCGUCGGGUGUACUUGUUCAUGUGUGAUUGGUUUGAUGUUGGUGAUCCAAGACGAGGGGUACGAGUUGAUAACCAUAUGACCAGUAUCAACAUGGAUAGGACUUGGUAUAAGGAUGAACCGUUUGUGUUGGCAUGCCAGGCUUCCCAGUGUUUUUACGUCAGAGAUAUAAGGGCAAAAGGGCGAUGGUUCGUGGUGCAAACGUACACGAACAGGAAUGUAUAUGACAUUCCAUCGGGGCCAACGGUGUUAGAAGAUAUUGAUGACUCAUCAAGUGAUGAUGAUGCAUAUCAAGAAACUGAGGAGUCAUAUGAUUAUGCACCAUUGCAGUGCGAUGCAUGUCCAAUGUCAACUCCACUGAGUAGGAAUGAUAUAGAACCUAUCUUGAUUGAUGCACGAGAAGCUACAAGUAUGGCUGGUCAAAAUUGGAAUUCGGCAGAAUUUAUUGACGAUGGCAUAAUUGAUUCUGGUUCAGGAGAUGCUUCUGCUGAUGGGGAAUAUUCAGAUGAGGAGGCCCUUUACACAGACGAGGAGUCUAUAUCAGCGUAG